AAACGCAAUUUCUUUACCCAGGAAAAGUAUGGCGACGUGGGAAGGUGAAAAAUUUCAGAAGAUCGAAAAUGCCGACGAUAUCGAGGAAAAUUUUGAUAACAUUCUUGUGACCCAUGAUCUUCAGGAUUGCUUGGAUGAUAGCUUAGAUUUAACUAAUUUUGGAAUAGUUUAUGAACCUAGUGCUGUGUUUGACUAUGAAAAGUAUUCAGAUGACGAUACUCCUAUCGAUGAAAGACUAUGUAAUAACAACACUACGGAGUCAAUACACCGUACAGCUAGCCCUGAUGAAAUUUAUACGCAUAUUCAGUUUGACCAAGAUGACACCUUACAAACUGAAUCUAAAUAUACGACUGUUACAAUUGAAAACAUAGUUCCAGAUACAAGUCAAAAGCAUAUUGGUCGCUAUACUUGCGAAUAUGAAGGCUGCAGUAGAACAUACAGUACAGUUGGGAAUUUACGUACUCACAUGAAAACUCAUAAAGGCGAGUAUCGAUUUAAAUGUGCAGAACCAAAUUGUGGCAAGGCCUUCCUCACGUCGUACAGCCUAAAGAUUCAUAUUAGGGUACACACAAAAGUAAAACCAUUUGAAUGCAAUUACAAAGGCUGCGAGAAAGCGUUCAAUACCCUUUACAGACUGAGAGCUCACCAAAGACUUCAUAGUGGCAACACAUUUAACUGCGAAGAGACUGGAUGCGUUAAAUUCUUCACUACUCUAAGUGAUCUCAAGAAACAUAUACGUACUCAUACUCAAGAAAGACCUUACAAAUGCAGAGAAAAAGGAUGCGGUAAAGCUUUUACAGCGUCACAUCAUCUAAAAACUCAUAAAAGGACGCAUACGGGAGAACGACCUUAUGUAUGUACUUUUGAAAUCUGCAAACGAUCUUUCACUACUCCUCAUAGUUUAAAAAGUCAUUUGAAAACUCAUAAGAGAACGAUUAGUAACGAUGAAUCGAAACACGAAGGAAACUACGAUGAAAGCGGAAACCAAAGAAAUAGUGAUAUAUUAAAGUCAAAUAUCGAUGUUAAUGAAAUAACUUCUAAGAAUGUAAAUGUGCCAUCUUAUACUAUUAUACCACCGUUAUCUUCUAGUAACAUACAGUCCACUGAAAAUGCAAAUGAUCAGCCGACUUCUACAAAUGAUAUAAUAGAUAUUUUAAGUCAGGAUAGAUUAAACAAACAACUUGAUUAUAAUAUUACGAAUAAAAAUAGAGAAAAUCUAAAUAAAUCUACAGAAGUUGCUCUUAUUGCAUCAGAAAAUAUUAUUUUAGACAAUUUUACUGAAAAUGCGAUUGAUAAUUUUAAUAACAAUGAAAAUUAUGAUAAAUUUAAGAUAUUCAAUCAGGUAAAUGAUUCAAAUUUGCGACAGGACAAGUCAAGAAAAAGUGAAGAUAGCAAAUUGAAUAAUGUAACAAAAUCUAACUCAAUAAGUUUGGAACAAAAAAUUAUACAAGAUGGUUUACAAAAUGCGAUUGCUCAUAUUUCAGAAGGAACAGAUUUUACAAGCGAUGUACAGCAGCAUGAAAAUCGUACGAUUGUUACUGAAAAAUCUUAUAAUAAUAAUAAUAAUAGAGCAGCUGUAGAAAAUAGUAACGUAAUUUUGUAUAAUACCAAUUCUAUAACUAGUCACGUAUCAGAUAUAAUAAGUUCCUCUAGUGAAACUCAACUUUUCGAUAAUGAGAUAGAACCAUUUAUCACUGACACGUUACGAACUGGGUCUCUUAACGAAGUUGAGCAUUCACUGAACUCUAAUGUAGUCGCAACAACCCAAUCGGAAGCUAUUGAAUUAGCUAUAGCAUCCGAGGAGGAAAUACCAUCUCCUUGGAUAGAUGUUACGACACUGGCAACACCAUCUUCUUUGAGACGGCAGUCUUGGUCGGAAUUGAAUGCUUUUCCAACAGCGGUCCAUUCGUUAGUCGAUUUAGUUGAACCAGAGCCUUAUCCAUUGCAGAUAGAAAGUCAAUUGCAGUCGUUACAACAGUUAGAUAAUGUUAAUCUAGUAGAUGUUGAAAAUGUUGAAAUUACACAGCAAUGUGUUGGUGAUAAACAAAAAAAAAAUAGUACAAAGCCGAAGAAGUGUAGAAACGUUUUACAGGAAAUCACAGCCGAAGCAGACAUAUGCAAAUGCGUUGAUUGUAAAUGCAAUGAUCUACAAAACUGCCAAAAUUGCUCAAAUAAUACAAAUACAAAUACAAAUACAAAUAUAAACAAUACAAAUACAAUAGUAGAUGAUUUUGUACAUUGUUUACAAGAAGAAUGCUUUUGUGACAGUGAGCCUACGAAUCGUGGAUCUUGCUGCGUCGUUAUUUGUUUAAAAACAUUGGAACAAUUGCAAAAAGUAUUCAGUCUUACUUGUUGUAAAAGUACUAGUACUCUAACGUGUUGCAGCGAAAAAUUAGUACCUUCAUUAAUGAAAUGCCCAUUAGCGAACAAUCACUGA